AUGGUUGUUCCAUCGGGGCCACGGUCCCUGGUACUUGGUAGCAGGGCCAGCAGCUGAUUGCUUCCUCGGUCAUCUUCCAGGUUUUUUUCUUUUCGUUCAGCAUCCUAGAAUAAACGAGGAUGGGCGCUGACUCGAAUCCCAAGGACAGUCCCUUUAUGAGAUUCUGUUUCGGAGUCGUCAGCAUGGUCGAGGGGCCGGUCGUCUGGUUCAGAAAGAACAUCGUCGAACCCAACCGGAAGGAGUACAACUGGUACCACGAAAAGCUAAGGAGGGUACCGACCAUAGACCAGUGCUACGACGACGACCCUUUAUGUAAAUUUGAAGCCAACCAACAAUUCAAGCGAGACAAGGCUGUUGACAAUGAAAUUGUAAGUAUAUUGCGACAGCGUCUUGAGGACUGUCAAUUAUAUGAGGAGUCCGAUUGUGCUGAGAAAUGCAAACCCCUCAGAGAGCAGUAUAACGAAGCUGUCACCAACUGGUUUAUCAAAUAUGGUGAUCUUGGUGCAUACGGGGAUGCCGAGUGUGCCCUGAUGAAGCAAAAGCAUCGUCUUAUUUGGGAAAGACGCCAUGGACCCGUCGGUUCUGGAAUGAAAGAAGAAUAAACUUGGAACAUUUUAACCCUUUCAUAGUAAUAAAUUGUAAAUACUUAUGGAAAUAUAUGUAGAAAUUGUUAUUGUUAGUUGUAUUUGCAUUACUUAACAAUUUUGGUAUUGAACAAAUAAAAUAUAAAGCAGAAAAUUUAACGAGAUUCAAA